CUGGAUGGACUGUCAAACUGAAUUUGUUUUGAUGUUAAAUGUAAAUAAGAAUUUCAAUUUCAAAAAAUGGAUUUAAAUUCAACUCAACUGUGUCGGUUAUGUGUCGAAGCCAGUGCCGAUUUAGUGAAAGUUUCUGAAAAGUUCCAAGACGUGACAAUUGCUUCGAUUUUAUCUAAACAUUUCUGGUUUCUGGCAAAUGAAAAUGAUUGUAUGUCGGACUGGCUGUGCCAAAUAUGUUGGAUUCAAACUAAAACAUUUCACGAUUUCUAUAAGAAAGUGGAGAUCCGACAUGGACAUUACUGCAGAUCGAAUGACAUGGCCAACAAUAGUUUAAUUAAGCAAGAACCAAGGUUAGAACGAAACAAUUGUCCGAGAGAUGAAUCAUUGGACUUGGAUCUGAAUUUGGUGAAAUACGAAGAAACAGAACCAUCCACACAGGCGACUGAUAUUACAAUAAGCAAAGAAGAAAAUUGGGAAUGCAACAAUUACAAUGACGAUAAAAGUUGUGAUGAAAAUGAUGACAAAUCAUCAGUCUCAGAUGAGGAACAUCCUUCGAUUAAAUCAAAAAACGAAAAGGCUAGAGACGAUUCCAAAGCAAGAAACGUGAGACAGCCAUCGAAAAUUGCAGGGAAAACCUGCAACUGGCACAGUCGAACGGAUAAAGAGAAACAGGACGCCCAAAUCCGUGAACUGUUCAGCAUGAAAUGCGAACUUUGCACGGAUGAUGAUGUCGUCUUCGAAACGCUAUUGAGAGCAAGACAACAUUACCGCAGCGUUCACAAGAUCAGUGGAUACCUUACGUGUUGUGGGAAAAAAUUUCAUCGUCGUCACUUGGUUCUGAACCACAUCCGAAAUCAUGUCGAUCCGGACGCUUACCGUUGUGACCAGUGUGGCAAACGCUUUCAAAAUAAAUUCAGGCUGAGAAAUCACAUCGAUAAUCACGUACCACUGGAUUCACGUGCCCAUAAAUGUAGCUUAUGUUCGAGUAGUUUUGGAAGGGAGUCUCUUUUGCGACUGCACAUGAAAAGUAAACACGAAUCGAAAACGGGUGAAAAGUUUCCGUGUGAAAAGUGCGGCAAGAACUUCCGGUCAAGUUUGUUGCUGUCAUGUCAUAUUCGUGGCGUUCAUGAAUUUUCGCUGGAGCACGUUUGUGAGAUAUGCGCUCGCGUAUUCAAAACUAAGCAAAUUCUCCAAAACCACAUCUUCUGCGAACAUUCCACAACACCGAAGGUACAAUGCAAUGUCUGCGGUGCUUGGCUGAAACACGAAAUCAGUCUUCGUGCUCACCUAAAACGAUAUCACGAUUCCAGUUUCGAGUCUGUUAAUUGUCCAAUUUGUAACAAAGAGGUACCGAGCAAACACUCAUUAGCCGGUCAUAUUCGUAGUGUACAUGGCGAGAAAGAUCAUCAAUGCACCUUUUGCAAUAAGGCAUUCCAGACGGCGAAGAAACUAAAGGAGCACAUCGCCUGCCAUACCGGGGAAGAUUUAUACGAAUGUCCGUACUGUGAUAAGAAGUUCAGAUCGAGUGGAAACUUGUAUGCGCAUAGGAAGAAGGCGCAUUUGGCGGAAUGGUCAAGAGACAAAGCUAAUACAUCAACGGAACAGAGUAUAUUAGGAGCUGAAACAACUUCUAAAUUGGAAGCUGGAGAUCAAUAAACACAAUCAAUGUAACUCAUUUGUUUUUAUGCUAUGAAUGAAUCACUGUGGUGUGAAUAAACCAUAAUUGCGUGCGUGAUCCUCCUU